GUAACUCUGGGUCAACUCCCAGGGUAACUCUGGGUCAACUCCCAGGGGUAACUCUGGGUCAACUUCCAGGGGUAACUCUGGGUCAACACCCGGGGCAACUCUGGGUCAACAUCGGACAAACCAACCAAAAAGAAACCGAGUAAAACUCUACGUUCGGUGCCCGAAGAAAUGGCUAAGAGGAUUAUGGACACGGCUGUUAAACCUGAGGGGAACAUGGUUAAGUUUGAUGACGUUACGGGGCAACAUACAGCUAAACAAGCUCUGCAAGAAAUCGUCAUCUUACCUGCUCUACGACCGGACUUAUUUCACGGGUUGCGAUCCCCCGCGAAGGGGUUGUUAUUAUUCGGGCCCCCCGGUAACGGGAAGACACUUCUCGCGAAGGCUGUGGCAUCGGAAGCAAAAUCGGUUUUCUUCAAUAUUAGCGCAGCCACGUUGACGUCAAAGUGGGUUGGGGAAGGGGAGAAGAUGGUGAAGGCGUUGUUUGCUGUCGCACGGGAGGUUCAACCGAGUAUCAUCUUCAUCGAUGAGAUUGAUUCUCUCCUCCGGACACGACAAGAGAAUGAGAACGACUCGACGCGGAGGUUGCAAACCGAGUUCCUUCUUCAGUUUGACGGGGUGGGCUCGGGGGAGGGGGAUCAAGUCCUAGUCAUGGGAGCAACCAACCGACCUCAUGAACUUGACGAUGCUGCGUUGAGGAGGUUUCCAAAGAGGAUCUACGUUCGGCUCCCAGAUGUUGGGACACGAGGUGAUCUGAUAAAGAUGUUGUUGAAGAAACAUGACUCACCACUAGGUGACAGGGAGAUUAAGGAGCUUGGGAGGCGUACGGAGGGUUACUCAUUCAGUGAUUUAACGGAACUUGCGAAAGAUGCUUCGCUUGGUCCCGUGCGUGAGAUUCCGCAAGCUAUGUUCACAACCAUUGACGUGAACUCGAUGAGGAAAAUCAACUUUAACGAUUUCUUGAAAUCUUUGAAAAAGAUUCGCCCGAGCCCGUCGAUGGAACUUUUGAAAACUUACGAGUCAUGGAAUAGUCACCAUGGCGAUACUAGUGACUCGUGAAAAAUAUAUUGUUUCUAUGUUCCUCUGGUCUCUGGACCUGUGGUUAUAAAUGGAUGUUAUUAUUAUUUCUAUGAAUUGUGCGCUUAAACGUAAAUUUGGUUGUCAUGGAAAUCUUAUAUAUAGUUCAAAUUACUCUUUAUUUAUGAUGUCACAAUUUAUUUGUUUAGA